AUGCAGGUGAAGACUCAUCUCAUUUUGCAAGAGGAGUCGACGAAGAGCCAGAGGGCCCUUGUCGUCGAUUGGAGGCCAAUCACAGAGCGAGAAAACCCCCCUGCAACAGCCUUCCCCGACGACCAAGAUCUUGAAACGGAUCCUAGAAUCUUCUUUGAUGAUUCAUUUGCUGAUGAAGCUGCACCCCAGACCGCACAAAAUCAAGCUUUCAUGAUGCAUCAAAAGCAAAAGCCUGAAAGAGAUUUUGCCCGUCAACGAAAAAUUAAACGUGGUGGUGUUUUACGAAACGCUGAAUGGGAUGCCGGAGAGGCAGAAGGGGAUUCGAGCCGAUCAAAGCGAAAAGCAGAACGAUUGGAGCAGAGAAAGAGAGCCAAAGCAGCUCAAAUACAGGCAGGACCGCCAAAGCCUGUCUACAUACCAGAAUUCAUCAGCGUUUCAAAUCUUGCCCCACUCCUAAAGGUCCGGGUGGAUGGGUUCUUGAGGAAGAUGAAAGAGUUAGGAUUUGAUGAACUCAACCACGAUCACAUCCUGGAUGCCGAAACCGCUAGUCUGAUUGCUGCAGAGUUUCAUUUUGAGGCGGUACUGGAUCAGCCGGAGGAUCAGGACCUCAAGCCUUUGCCACCAGUAGAGGAUCAGUCAGUGCUUCCAGCUCGGCCACCAGUCGUGACUAUUAUGGGCCACGUUGACCACGGAAAGACUACACUAUUAGACUACCUGCGUAAGUCUUCUGUAGCAGCAUCUGAGCACGGCGGCAUCACUCAACACAUUGGGGCUUUCUCCGUGCGCAUGCCCGGCGGUAGACUCGUUACAUUCCUCGAUACUCCUGGUCAUGAAGCAUUUCUUGCAAUGCGAAAGCGUGGGGCUAACGUGACCGAUAUCGUAAUUCUGGUCGUUGCGGCAGAUGACAGCGUAAUGCCCCAGACCAUUGAAGCCAUCAAGCACGCUCAGUCCGCCAGAGUUCCUAUGAUUGUCGCCAUCAACAAAGUUGAUAAGGAAGACUCAAAUAUCGAGCGUGUCAAAAGUGACCUCGCGCGCCACGGAGUCGAAAUUGAAGAUUUUGGAGGCGACACCCAGACGGUACCGGUUAGUGGCAAGACAGGAGAAGGAAUAGAAGAGCUAGAAGAAGCUACGGUAGCACUUGCCGAUCUUCUCGACAGACGAGCCGAAACUGAAGGUCAAGUAGAAGGUUGGGUAUUGGAGGGCACGACGAAGCGAGCAGGUCGAACAGCGACCGUACUCGUACGUCGAGGCCAGCUUCGUCCGAACGACAUCAUUGUUGCCGGAACAUCCUGGGCUCGCGUACGAUGCCUUCGCAAUGAAGCCGGUGUCAUCAUCGAGUCUGCAGGGCCAGGCACUCCCAUCGAAGUCGACGGAUGGCGAGAGCAGCCCACCGCCGGAGACGAAAUGAUCCAGGCGCCCGACGAGGCAAAAGCAAAAUCAGUAAUUGACUAUCGACUCGAGCUUGCCACGCGGCAGCAAUCUGCGACCGACAUUGCCGCCAUCAACGAAUCUCGGCGAUUGGAGCAGGAAAAGCGCGAAGACCUCAAGAAAGCCGAAGAGCUUGCAAAAUCGAAGUCGAGUGACUCCACCCCCAUCGAUACUGGAGCUGAAGCCACACACAAAGCGACAACACCAGCAGCGCCCAAAUUGCAGCAAAUCAAUUUCAUCCUCAAAGCUGACGUCUCCGGCUCCCUUGAAGCAGUAACAAACUACAUUUCCGGCGUUGGCAACAGUGAAGUACGUCCACACGUCCUCCGCGGCGCCGUCGGCCCGAUUAGCGAGUUCGACAUCGACCAUGCCGCUGCCGCCUCUGGCUCUAUCAUCUCUUUCAACACCCAGAUCGAUAACGCAAUCAGGCACACCGCAGAAGCGAGGGGCGUCAGGAUCAUUGAUCACAGCAUCAUAUACCGACUCGUCGAUGAAGUGAAAGCCGUUCUAUCUGAGAAGCUCGCUCCACUGGUCACGCAAAAAGUCAUUGGCGAGGCGGAGAUUGCGCAGGUUUUCGAUAUCAAUGUUAAGGGGAGGAAAUAUGAGCCUGUGGCGGGGUGCAAAGUUCGAAAUGGUGUUGUUGGGAAGGGGAGGAAGAUCAGGGUGCUGAGGAAUAAGGAUGUAAUUUAUCAUGGACAACUUUCCUCCCUCAAAAGCGUCAAAAAGGACGUCGAUGAAAUGCGUAAAGGCACCGAGUGCGGCAUGAGCUUCACGAAUUGGGCAGGCUUCAGGGUCGGCGAUCAGGUGCAGAGUUAUGAUGAGAUCGUGGAGAAACGGACGCUAUAA